CCACUACAUUAGAGAUGUCGGAACGACUUAUGAAACGAAUAUAAGCAAGAACGUGACUGUCGUGUUCUGAGCAUCACAGCCAAGAAAUAAGCGCCUUGUAACCACGCGCGGCACGAACCAACACACCGCUAAUUGGACGGCUUUUUGAGCAACUCCAGGCAGCGAGUGUCGGUUUAUUUCAUAGAGAGUGCGCCCCUGAAUCGAGAGCCUAACAAAAUCCCCAUACCUUCUUGAUCAUCCAUCCAUUCUGUACCCUCCUGAUUUCCCCCUGGCCCUCACGCCAUCCAACCAUGUUAGCCGAACCACUCGAUUUGGAGCCCAUCAAAGACGAGGAAUGUGGGCUGCUGAGUGAUCCCGAGAUUCAAAUCCUCACCAUGUUCGAGUCAGCCAUCGAGUCAUCGCCGAGCCUGGACGAGAAAGCGAAGCACUUUGUCACUGCCCUUGUUGCAUCUGUUCCACAGAGCCAAUCUGAUUCGGAGACAGAAGGUAUGGCCAUGGACACGUGGCAAGUCCUGACCUACAUUGCCUGCCGCACUCCCUGCCGCCACUAUGCGCAGGAUGUCCUUGUUCAAGUCGUGGGCAUGCUGAAUGGACAUGAUGCUCUUGCAACUGUCACUUUUCAACUCUCGGUCAACCGAGCCCGAGGGUGCAACCCAUGACAGUCCCUAUAGGGGAGGUGCCUUGUAUUCAGGGACGAGAGGGUUCAACUUUGAGCGGUGGGGGUUUUGGAAGCGGCGACUGGCAGUGUUACGCAAGGAUGUCGGCGAUACCGCGCCGAUAGAUGGAGCGCUGGGGAUGAUGACAGCAGCAGAAAAAGAAGCGGCCGAUACUCUUCGGAGAAGCUAGGAAGAGAGUCCAUGGCAGCAGAUUGUACGCUACCAUAGUCUUUAACUUUAUGCAAUGAUCAAGUGUUCGCUCGUGCGCAGUUGGCAGCUCUCUCCUUUGCCGGAAUGAUCGAUUC